GAAACAGCAGAGAAUAUACAAAAUGUCGUACGCACCACGAACUGAGUCGCGCUCCGAACCAGAGCCCAAAAACGAGAACCCUGGCCUCGUCACGUCGGAUAGUCUGGCAGCGGAAUCGGUGCAAGAAGGAGGAACCUUCGCCGAAAACUCCAGCUCUAGAAUUCCAUCAGACCAGCCAUCAGCAUCUAGCACCGCCAAUACGACAGACACAUCCAAUGCAACACGCCUAGACCCUGCCCCAGAUGCCGAUGCUCGAUUGACGACAGAGGAGUGGAGCGAAGAAUCCCAGCUCAACGCCGGUCGUUCUCUUGGCUCGCAGGGCAGCGAUGGAGGCUCGACAUUCGAGACUACCGGAUCCAGCGGUAGAGGUUCGACGUUCGAUACUACCAGAACCUCGGAUGAAUUGCCGCAAUCCAAGCCAAAGGGACAGAACCUCACAGAAGGAGGAAUCGACGCGGGCGCGCCCAAUGCCAGCUUCACGACCGACAUCGGAGGCAAAGGGGAUCCAGGUAGGGUCGCAUUGGGUGACAUCGAAGCGAGCAAUACGCCGUAUGCCGGAGGUGUUGGUGAACGGCAGACCAAGAUUACUGGCGAUGGUCAAUUCGACUCGUUGGAUCGUGAUACGUCCGCAUAACGGUCUGCAGCAGGAUGAUG